AUGUACAUUUCUCGCCUAAGUUUUGCCGCUACUCUUGCCUGGGUGUCUGCUGUGACAGCAGCACCGGCUGGCCAUUGCAAUGUAGUGGACGCAGUCUAUGCAAUCUUGAGAGGACCCCUGAGAGCUGAGGCAUCCCAGUUCUGUCUGGGCUACCUCGGAAGUGUGAAGACCACCACAGUAACAACGACGGCCACACAAUCAGGUCCGGGCCGAACUGCCAUAAUCACGGUGCCAGAUCAGACCCAGGCACAAAUUGUCACCUUGACCAACGUUAACCAACAAACGAUAACCAACACAAUUACGGGAGAAGUUUCUACUGCCACUGUGACGGUCACGGUCACUGCCGGAACCAAGACUAUCUACCAAAAGAAGAAGCGUAAUAACCGUCCUGCAUGCCCGCCUGCUCUGCGUCUUUUCGCCGAGAGUCGUAUCUCAAGUGCCUGCAGCUGCAUCGCCCAACCUACCACUAAGACCAUCACCGCCACUGCCAAGGUGACCGUAUCGGGACCUCAAGCUACACAGACCGCCCCCGGGAAGACCGUAAUCGUCACUGGUACUCAGACGGUUCAGGUCACCAGCCAAACACAGGUUACCCAAACGGUCGCCGGAGAUGCAGUCACGCAAACCGUCACCACCGCGGUCACCCCCAUCCUCGUUAAACCCAAAAUCUGCAACGCGAGAGGUCUCCCAGGACCAAACGCAUUCAACUAUGACGCAAACUUCAACACCAACCAGGCUGACUGCAUCGCCUCAUGCAAGACAGAUAAUAGGUGCCUCAGCACUGGCUUCUACAUCGUAACCGACCCUGGCAGUGGUACGCAGACUGGAACCUGCAGGAAAUACGAUAAGUCUGUCACUGAUUCGGCGGACCUUGGUCCUGGAUAUUACAACUUCAACGACAAGGCUUGCUAA